UUGAAGCUGCAUUCAGUCUUCAUAUUGAACUCAAACCGAACAUUUCGUGAUCAUAUAAUCUAAUUUUAUUUAAAUUAAAUAAUUCUUUUCGUUUGAAAUUUUUAACACAAACCAAUAAUGGUCCAUUUACAAUACAUUACUGGACUAUCCCUUCUUCUUAUUUUAGUGUGUUUGAAAUCAAGUAACGCCAUUAGAUGUUACCAGUGUAACAGUUACGCGGAUAAGAGAUGUAGCGACACCGAUAUUGCCAAAUAUAAGACCGAGUUGGAAAUGGAUUGCCCCAACAUGUCGCCCCCUGGAAGUGAGCCCGGAACAAAGUACAAACUGUGCCGGAAAAUCAAGCAAGUGAUUGACUUUGAAGUCAAUGGAUUGCAACCGGAAAGUCGUAUUAUCAGGACCUGUGGUUGGGAUGACUCCCAUUACAAGAACAAAUGUUAUCAAAGGUCGGGGUUCGGAGGUCGUCAAGAAGUGUGCGCUUGUGAGGAAGAUGGUUGCAAUAGUAGUAGCGCACUUUACGCUUCCGUCGCGUUACUAAUGGGCCUAUUAAUUGUCCACCUGUGAGGUGUUGGAGUUCAUUUCUUGCUCACUGGUCGGUCUUCAAUAAAAACAAUUUUUUUUAUAAUAAAUGUAAUUAAUGAUCAGUUUGCCAAUUGCUCGAACUUUUUUCGGUGUGUUCGUUCGUUGAAUACGAAAAUAUUUGUUUCGUGAAUAAGCACAAUGUUAAUAAGCCACAAUAUCAUUGUAGUAGAAGUUUAAAUCUUGUUAUUAGACAUGCUAGAGAAUGAUUUAAAAUUUAAUAACUAGUACAAGAAUAAAACACAGUUUGGAUGGUGAUGAGUAAGUAUUGUCACUUUGAUCCUAUUGUAUGAUAAUACAUUUUAAAUCAAUUCGGUUCAAACUUUAGAAAAACCGAAUCGGUUUGGUUCGUUUAGAUAAGAUAGUUGUCUGAUUUUCUCAUAAUCGGUUGCUUUAACGGACGUUAGAUGUACAUAAUUUACUGCCAAAAAUGCAUUAAAUCCAUUGACGAUUGUUAAUCAUAAUAAUAGUCUAACGUAACUGUUAUAUUACUUUUAGAUGCACAACUAUAAUUUUAAGAGUGAAUAAAGCAUUGAUUUUGAA